ACAACCACGCACCAAUUCUUCCCCUCUCUCCAUCCCGCCGCUCGCUCUCGCCGUCGCCCGCUAGGUGUUCGGCGCAAUGCUGCACGCCGCGCCGCCGCUGGAGGUGGGCGGAGCGGGCGCCGCGCACACCCGCUGCCUCCUCCGCGACCGCGGAGGGCAUGGCGCCGUUCCCGCCGACCCCCUCCCGCUCUACGGCGACGACGCGGCCACGACUAAGUUCCUGCUCGAGCGGGUAUUGCGGGGGAGCAGCAUCGCGCCCUACCUGCCCUCCUCCGCCUCCUCCGCUUCCUCCUCUACGGCAGCAGCGGACGCCGACCCGGCGGAGCGCGAGGACGAGGACCCCGAGGACCACCGUUGCCUCCUCCGAGACCUCGGAGGGCAUGGCGCCACUCCCGCCGACCCCUUCCCGCGCUACGGCGACGACGCAGCGACGACCAAGUUCCUGCUGGAGCGGGUACUGCGGGGGAGCAGCAUCGCGCCCUACCUGCCCUCCUCCGCCUCCUCCGCGUCCUCCUCCACGGCAGCAGUGGACGCCGACCCGGCGGAGCGCGAGGACGAGGACCCCGGGGAGCCCGCCUCGGGCCUCGUCCCGAGCGCCCGGGUUCGCGGCGACGGCACCACCGACGCCAGCGGCGCAGGCGCAGCGCCGGAAACCGCGCUCCAACGCCCCCUCGAAUCCGCGGCGUCUGCCCCAGCCAGCUGUCUACCCGCACUUCUAGGACCGGAGGGUCGGAUCCUCAUCGUCGCAAAUCGUCUUCCCGUGACGGUAAAGCGCCUCGUAGACGGCUGGGACUACUCUGACAGUUCGGGUGGUCUCGUCAGCGCUCUACGAGGUGUGACCGGGGUGAAAAUGACAUGGGUCGGCUGGCCUGGUGUAUCCAUCCCCGACAAGGAGGAGCAAACAAUCGUCAUGAAUAAACUCAUGACCUUGAGGUGCUUUCCUAUCUUCAUGGAUCAAGAGCUGGUGGACCAAUACUACAGCGGGUACUGUAAUAAUAUUCUGUGGCCACUAUUUCAUUACAUGGGGCUGCCACAGGAUUACAGGUUCAACAAGACAAAAGACUACAAGUCACAGCUCAAAGCUUAUGAGAAAGCCAACCAGAUGUUCGCGGAUGUUGUGUGCCAAAUCUAUGAGAAAGGAGACAUCGUAUGGUGCCAUGACUAUCACUUGAUGCUCCUCCCCUCGCUAUUGAAGAAGCAUGACAUCAACAUGAAGGUGGGAUGGUUCCUUCACACGCCGUUCCCCUCAUCUGAAAUUUAUCGAGCACUACCGAACCGCAUGGACCUGUUGAAGGCAGUGCUGAAGUCUGACUUGGUCGGUUUUCAUACGUAUGAUUAUGCAAGGCACUUUGUGAGUGCUUGCACCAGCCUUCUUGGACUUGAGAGUUACCUAGAAGGUGUUGAGGUCGAAGGGAGGGUUGUGAAGGUCGAAGCUUUUCCAAUCGGGAUUGACUUUAGUAAAUUCAAAGACACUUUGGAGCGUCCAGACGUCAAAGCAAAAAUAGCUGAUUUCAAAAGCAUUUUUGCUGGUCGACAGGUCAUGCUUGGCGUUGACCGUUUUGACAUGAUUAAAGGAUUACUGCAAAAGGUGCUGGCCUUUGAGAAAUAUCUUGAGGAAAACACUGGUAUGAAUGAAAAGGUGGUUCUACUGCAGAUUGCAGUGCCUACCAGAAGUGACGUACCUGAAUAUCGAAGGCUAGCAAGUCAAGUGCACGAAUUGGUUGCACGUGUAAAUGGUCGAUUUGGAACGAUAAGAACCACUCCUAUUCACCAUCUGGACCAAACUGUUGAUUUUCCUGAUCUGUGCGCUCUUUAUGCAGUCACUGAUGUGGCUCUGGUAACGUCACUGAGAGAUGGUAUGAACCUUGUAAGCUAUGAAUACGUUGCCUGUCAAGAAUCAAAUAAAGGUGUUCUGAUAUUGAGCGAGUUUGCUGGAGCAGCACAGUCUCUUGGGGCUGGUGCUAUUAUUGUAAACCCGUGGGAUACUGCAGAGGUUGCAAACUCCAUAAAAGCUGCUUUGGCUAUGCCAGCUCAUGAUAGAGAGGAACGGCAUAGGCAUAAUUAUAAACUUGUUUCAGCAUACAGUGCACAAAACUGGGCUGAAGACUAUGUCAGCGAGCUACAUAAAACAGCUACUAAAGCUCCAGUACAUACAAAACAACCUAUUGUUGUGCUCCCAAUUGAAGAAAUAACUUCACGAUACGCACAAUCCAGAAGUCGUUUGCUCAUAUUGGGUUUUCAUGAAACGUUGACUGAACAGGUCCAAUCCUUUGAGAUAGGGGCUUCUGACCAAACCGCAAGCAUGAAACUGAAGUUGAACCCUGAGUUUAAGGGACCUCUGAAAACCCUUUGUGACGAUAAGGAUACGACUGUAAUUGUUGUCAGUGGUUAUGGCAGAAUUAUUCUCGAGAAAAACUUCGGAGAGUUCGAAAUGUGGUUGGCGGCAGAGAACGGGAUGUUUUUACGGCGAACCACUGGAGAAUGGAUGACCACAGCAACUGAACAUCUUGAAAUUGGUUGCUCUGACAGUGUAAAGAAAGUUAUUGAAUACUUCACUAGAAGAACCCCAAAUUCUUACCUAGAACAGCGUGGAAAAUCAUUUGUAUGGAACUAUAAAUACUCAGAUGAUGAUUUUGGAAGAAACCAGGCAAAGGAUAUGUUACAACACUUGGGGUCGUAUUCAUCAUCAAAUCGAAGUGCUGAUAUUGUUCAAGGCAGACGCUCAAUUGAGGUGCGCCCUGUGGGAGUCACCAAGGGUAAUGCUGUUAAUGAAAUCAUUAAAGAGUUAGGUCGCAGAAGAAAGUCAAAAAACAUAACCACUCCAAUCGACUUUGUCUUGUGCAUAGGUCACUUCCUUGCAAAGGAUGAAGACGUCUAUACCCUACCCUACUUUAUUCAACGUGAAUCGGAGGCAAAGGCGGGGCAAGAAGAUUGCACCAGCAUCAUGUUCGACGGCCUCAAGGCUGAGAACUACUUCUCGUGUACUGUUGGCAGGGAAUGCUCUCGAGCAAAGUACAAGCUUGAGGGCACGAGUGAUGUUGUCACCAUGCUCCGUGGUCUUGCAAAUCCUGAGGCUUCCCUGGACAUAGUAGACGAUGAUGGCUCGCAGUUGUAGAGUGGCCAGGGAGGUGCCCCUUUCAAAUACGUAUACAUGUGCCAAAUCCUAGGCUAAGCAAAAAAAGAAUAGGAAAAACUGUACAUAUAGUUGAAGAGGUUGGAAAAUAUUCAUCACUUCGCGGCUGAUUUACAACCGCACAAGUUUUUGUCGAUGCACUUGAUGCUGUAAAACCAUUAAAUUGCUGUUACCGAAGUUAUAAUUCUUUUGUAGGUUUUAUUCAAAUCAAAAUUUUCUUUCUA